CUGGCCGCGGAGCUGCGCGUUUUUGAUGGACUCUUCAGUCUUUACGAGGCUGAAUGUGAGUCCAUGCAAAGAUUCAACCAGUCCAGGAUAUAUAUAAAGCGCUCACAGUCGGGAUGGAUUCGUUUAACGCCAGCGGAAUGGACGCGUUCACGGUGAUCCAUCUGAAUUCCUCCUGGAGUCCGGACAGUGGAUAUUCUUUAGCGGCCAUAGCCAGCAUUGCCGCUCUUGUAAGUUUUCUAAUUAUCUUUACCGUUGUUGGGAAUAUACUGGUGGUUAUUGCGGUGUUGACAAGCAGGGCGCUGAAAGCCCCGCAGAACCUUUUUCUGGUGUCUCUGGCCACCGCGGACAUCCUGGUCGCCACUUUGGUGAUGCCGUUUUCCCUGGCGAAUGAACUUAUGGGCUACUGGUAUUUCGGAAAAGUUUGGUGUGGUAUUUAUCUGGCUUUGGAUGUUUUGUUCUGCACUUCGUCUAUUGUUCAUCUGUGCGCAAUAAGCCUGGACCGGUACUGGUCCGUUACGCAGGCUGUAGAGUACAACCUGAAGCGGACUCCCAAACGCGUCAAGUGCAUCAUCCUAAUUGUGUGGCUUAUAUCUGCUUUCAUCUCAUCUCCGCCUCUCAUAUCUAUAGACAGCAACAAUGAUAUCGGCUCUCAGCCUCAGUGCGAGCUGAAUGAUGACACUUGGUACAUCCUCUCCUCCAGCAUCGCGUCCUUUUUCGCUCCGUGCUUAAUCAUGAUUCUGGUGUACAUCAGAAUAUACCAGGUGGCCAAAACCAGAACCAGAAGCAUGUCGGGAAAAAAUCCCAGGCCAGAUGGUGUCACACAAACUGAGAAUGGACUGAGCAAAGUCACCUCGCCUUUCCAUGGCGAGAAGGAGAACGGACACUGUCAGUGCCCGCCUACGCCCAGCCAGCGCACCGUCACCAUCGGGCAACAGACCGAGGAUGCUGACAUAGAGGAGAGCUCCUCCUCGGAGGGCAAAGGUCACAAACCGCAGCAACAGGACUCCCAGAGAGCCAAGAGGGCCAGCCAAAAGAAAAGCUCCCUCUCCAAACACUCCACUCGCAUCUCCAGAGUCAGUAACAAAUCCAUGGACCUCUUCGCCUCCAGGAGGAAACGUCGCCGGAGCUCCUUAGCCAGGAAAAAGGUCUCACAAGCAAGAGAAAAGAGGUUUACAUUCGUCCUGGCUGUGGUUAUGGGGGUGUUUGUUGUGUGCUGGUUCCCCUUUUUCUUUAGUUACAGCCUGUACGGUUUGUGCAGGGACUCCUGUAAGAUCCCAGACCCACUCUUUAAAUUCUUCUUCUGGAUUGGCUACUGUAACAGCUCCCUCAACCCCGCCAUCUACACCAUCUUCAACCGAGACUUCAGACGCGCCUUCCAGAAGAUCCUCUGCAAGUCGUGGAAAAAGUCCUUUUAGAUCGGACGCAGAACUGCUGCACCACCAUGACAAUCUUUAAAAGGAAAUAUCAAAGUGAAUUUAAAAAAAAAAGAAGCCUGUUUUGUCUAUUACUGCCACUCGUCACUCACUGUUACCUCUCAUUGUCCUGUUGUAAUUUAGUCAUGGCAGUGCACCCUCAACAACCUACUGGGUGUCUCUGCAAGCUUCAACAUGCAGUAUGUUUCUAUUACAGGCUUUCGCAAACCUGGUUAGUGAGCGCCGCCGUUCUUUUAUUCCUACUGAAGUGUGCUGUAAUGCUUUAUAGUCUAUCAUCAUUGAUCAAGCUCUUUAUACAUCUACAAAAGAUACACGCAUGGCUGGAUUUAUCUGCUAGGGGGCCCCAGGGCAAAAAUGAGCUCCUGGGCCCCCUGUUAACCCUCUUUUGUUUUUCCCCAUUCUCUGUGCAAUGUGUACAAUUUUUAUAUGCUUUUUGUGCUAGAAAACAGCUUGGCCACAGAUUUGCUGUGUGGUAAUUUGAUUAAACAUAUUAUUUAGGAAUAGCAACACACAGAAGCACAAAACCGAUGUAACAAAGGUUUUGAAACUUUAUUUUGACAAUGUGAUGCUUUUCAAGACAGAGUGUUAACUGAAUAGGUUACAUUUCGGGACAAACACAUAUUCGCUUUCUUUGCGUGAGUUAGAUUGGAAGAUUGGGAGCAAGUGGCUGGUUAGCUUAGCCUAUAAAGCAUAACGACUCAAAACAGAGGAAAACAGCUAGCUCUCCAAAGGUAACAAAAUCCACCUCAUGGCAACC